AUGAACCUAUGGCCAUCGGUUGGUUUAAGUAAUGGAUCAACAGGAACUGUUGUAUAUAUAAUUUACGCUGUUGACCAUCAACCUCCUGAUUUGCCCAUUGCUGUUGUGGUAAAAUUUGACCAAUAUACAGAUCCUGCCUUUGCGAACCAGACAUCUUGUGUUCCUAUUCCUCCAAUAACAGCCACUGUAACUACAGGCAAUUUAGUACAUGAAAGGCAACAGAUACCUUUAAAACUGGCAUGGGCAUUGACAAUUCAUAAGAGUCAGGGUAUGACUCUGCAAAAGGCUUGGGUAGACAUUGGUAAACGCGAAACAACUUUAGGAGUAUCAUACUUAGCUAUUAGUCGUGUUUGCAACCUGUCUUCUAUUGUGAUAGAACCGGAUACUUAUGACAGAAUGUUGAGUAUAAAAAAACGGAAUUAAUUAAGUACAGGAUAAAAGAAGAAAAACGGUUAAGCAGACUUGCUGAAAAUACCACAGCAAAUAAUAUUUUUUAGAAAUAACUAUAUAUACUUCAAACAUGUCUAUCUUGUUUAAAUAAUUGUAAACUUGUAAUUCUUUUUAAUGUUUGAUAGUACUCACGAAAACCAUGGUACAAAAGAAUGAAGAUUCGAAGGUGGAUCAAACAACUACUGAUGGUAAGUAUAUUUGCAUUUAUUUUUUUUAAGUGUCUCAGAAUGUCGUAAAAUGUUGCCCCAAAAGUGUAGAAAUCGGAAAAGAUGAAAUGUAAAAUAUUGAGUUGUGAACUCCAAUUCUGCAAGUUACAUCUGUAAACUAUAAAGACCACAUAGCUUAAAUAACUUAUACACAGUCUACCUAAACUCCAAUUUACUAUAUCCAAAUUAUGUUAAAACUAUAUUUUUAUUUUACCUUGGGAUGGCAUAAUAUAUAUAAUAUAAUUAAACAACUUCUGUUAACAUUCUAGAUGAUCCAUUAAUAGGAUACGUGCACUGUUUAUUGCCAAUAAUAACAAGCCAGAGAAGCAAUCCUUAUUUUCAUAUGCAGCUGCAAACGAAAGGACAGACGUUCAGGGCGGUAUGUUUUUCACCUGAAAAGCAUAACAAAUGUAAAGCCAUAACAGAGUCGUCUUUGCCGAUAAAACUUAUCCAUUAUCAAAUUAAAAGGAACAACUGGACACAUGACGACGAGAUCCAUAUCAAUAAAAGAUCAAGACUUGAGGAUCCAGACAGCGGAGAAGUUUCAUUCGACAUUCGAGAACCAGUAAUUGAGGAGAACUCCUGUACCAACAUUAAACCUGGAAUGUCGUCAGUAAAAUCCGUACUAGAAGGUGACAUCAACCAGCAGGUAAAUGUCUGCGGUAGGCUUAAUUUACAGGGCCCCAGACAAACCAUUUUGAAGAAAGAGAAAACGCUGCUGAUGCAAGAGACUGCUCUAACCGAUGAGAGUGGAUCGAUACGAGUUGUGUUGUAACGGGAAAACGAUACAAGCAGAGUAACGUCCGGAACUACAUAUAAAUUGUCCAACGUUAUGGUUCGGGAAUACGAGGGAACAAGUACCUGAACCUAAACAAGAAUUCCACCACAGAGAGUACAGAAAUAGAAAUUGAAAGGCAUGACGAAAUCCUACAAAACAGCCAAAGCAAAGUUGAUUGCCCUGCUGAGGAAGUACAAUCAAUAAAACGAGUUCUGUCCUGCAAAAAAUGCCAGACGAAGAUCGUGGCCCUACCAAACAAAAACAUUGUGAAAUGCACGGAAUGCGGAUUGACCCAACUGAAGUCCAAAUGCCAAGAAAGACUGUUUGCGAAUGUGCUGUUUUCCAACAACCUUACUUUACUUGUAUUUGGCGACAAGUUACGCCAACUCCAUGAACUUUUCCAAGAACAGACCACCUUCGCAAAGACGUUUGAGAUGUUGAAUGAUGACGAGGUCAUGGAGAUGAUCUUGACGGUCGAGGUAUCUAUUAUGUACAAUGCAAAACGCAACGCCGUGUCCAUUGCAAAACGUCAAUGA